AUGACAUUACUCUUCUACUUGCGACUUACAUUCUCAUAUCCUCACUCAGUCUUUUUAGUAGACCGCCUUCAGACUCAUGUGUGGAAGCUGGCCAAAGAUUCCUUCGCACGUGGUGACAAUUUAACUAAGCCAAGACCUGAGACCGCGACUCACAGUCACUCACUUACGCCUAUCAUGGCUAUUUUUUAG